CCAUGGCGGCUUUCGCUAAGAGUGCAAUGGUUUUGUUGAGUGUGAUGACCCUUAUUGAGGUCUCUUUUGCUGUUGUUUAUACGGUGGGUGAAUCUCAAGGGUGGACAACCCAUGUUGAUUACAAGAGUUGGGCUGCUAAUAAGACAUUCCAUGUUGGUGACAUUAUUAAUUUCCAAUACGACGCUAAAAAUAAUGACGUGAUUGAAGUGAGCCGUGAAGAUUUCCACACAUGCAACCUUAGAUCUCCACUCGCUUUCUUCAGCACUGGCAGGGACAUGAUCAAUAUGAGUUAUCCUCGCCAUUAUUACUACGUUUGCACCACCCCUGGCCACUGCUUAGAUGGCCAGAAGGUUGACAUCAGGGUUCUCAAAAUUCCAAAAUCAACUCCUCCUACGCCUAGUCCAACUCCAACUCCUAAUCCUAGUACUAGUCCAAGUCCAAGUCCUAGUGCAACACCCAAACCUAGUACCAGUCCAAGUGCUACUCCUAAACCUAGUCCUAAUCCAAGUCCAAGUGCUACUCCUAGACCUAGUCCUAGUCCAAGCCCAAUUGCAACUCCUCCAAGUCCAAGUGCAACUCCUAAUCCUAGUACUAGUCCUAGCCCUAGUACUAAUACUAGUUCAAGUCCAAAAUCCAGUGCAGCUCCUCCUCAUGAUCACUCUAUUCCACCAGUGGCACAGGCACCUGCCCCAUCUAAGAAGAGUGCUGCAUCAUCAAUGGUAUCUUCCAAAGGGCUGCUUGCAAUCCAGCUUUUGAUGGCUUUGUGUUUUCUUGCAUAUUUUUAAGAUGUGUUUCUCUGUUCAGUAGAAGCAACUAGUUAUGUUUAUGUUUA